AUGUCAGGAGAGCAAUUCCUUUUCUCCGCUGAGCUCAUAUGCCCGGAGGUUCAAGCGACUCUUCCCAAACCGUAUUCGAUCCGCCCCUUACGCAGAUCUGACUACAGUAGCGGCUACCUCGAGACCCUUAGCGUUCUCACCGAGGUCGGCGAGAUCUCCCGCAAACAGUUCGAAGAGCGUUUUGAUGAAAUGGUACGGCGGAAGGACACAUACUACAUUGUCGUCAUCGAAGACACUACGAGCAAAAAGGUCGUUGCUACGGGGACCGUAGUUGUUGAACUUAAGUUCAUCAACGGCAUCAGCAAGGCCGCCCAUCUUGAAGACGUUGCGGUAGCCGAGGAAUGCCAGAAGAUGGGCUUUGGCUUGCAAAUUCACAGGGCUAGAGACUUCAUCGUGAGGCAGACCAGCUGCUACAAAGGCGUUCUGGACUGCCGUGAGUACAACGUCGGCUUUCAUGAGAAGGCCGGCUACAAGCGGUGUGGCGUGUACAUGAAGAAGCGUUAUGAUGGAGUCCCUGUUGAGGCUUUUCUGCCUGCUUCAUCUUAA